CCGGAAACGGUCGAGCCACUGACAGCUGUUCGAUUGCGCUUUGACAGUUGUCAUUUCCUGCGCUCUCUUUUCGUUUGUGACUGAAUCGACGAGAACAUCAAAAUGGUCAACGUUCCCAAGCAGCGUCGUACCUACUGCAAGAAGUGCAAGGUGCACCGGGUUCACAAAGUGACCCAGUACAAGAAGUCCAAGGAACGGACCGCGUCCCAGGGUCGUCGCCGUUACGAUCGUAAACAGAAGGGUUUCGGUGGUCAAACCAAGCCCAUCUUCAGGAAGAAGGCCAAGACCACCAAGAAAAUCGUGCUGCGUAUGGAAUGUGUGGACUGCAAAUACCGCAAGCAAACGCCCCUGAAGCGUUGCAAACAUUUCGAACUCGGAGGCGACAAGAAGCGAAAGGGACAGAUGAUUCAGUUCUAAGCUGUGUGUAGGCCAUGUGAAGCACCUACCUAUGUUUAUUACACAUUAGGUUACAACAAAACAACUCGUAACUCAAAACCGAAAGCUUAACGGAAUCCGGUUGGUACAGUUUUAAUAAACAGAUGGAAACCGCAUCAAACGGUUUUCGGAAGUAA